AAAGAAAAAAGAAAAAACAUGGCUUGGCUAAGAUUGUUAUUGUUUGCAAGCGUUAUUUAGAUUAGUGGUUAUUGUAUUGUAAGUAAUCUUAUCGUGAAAGCGUAAUAAGUAUAGUUAACCACGGAAGAUACACUGGGCCAUUAUUGUGCUAUAGGCAUAUUUGUGGAUAAUCAAAGGAAGCAAGGAUAUAAACGUAAGUUUUCUCUAAGUUUCUUAUAAGAAUCCAGUACCACGCUAGUUUGGCAAACGUUAUACAAAUGAAACAAGAAUUACAAUAGGCGUAGGAUUGUAAGGUAUUAUUUACUUUCAGUACGUUCAAAAUGGAUGACGCCAUGCUAGUUCGUCUGGAGCUCAUCCAUGAGCGGCUAGCCAACUUGUUGAAGCAAAGCGCCGCCAUGGAAACUGUCACUGAAGAUGAUCUCAAUAAGCAGAUCCAAAAGGUUGAGGAGUGCAAUUCCAAACUGACGGAUGAAAUUCAUUUUUAUUUGGAGAAAAGUAGUCGAACAUCAAGCGAAAGUUUGAAAAUGUUCACCCAGACGCAGUUUCAAGCAGAAGAAUGGAAAGUAGAGAUGAAAGGUCUUAUAAAAGGUCACUCUUCGGUCACAAAGAGCACAGCCAAACUGCCGAAACUCACGUUACCAACUUUUAAAGGAGAUACUCUUAGGUGGGCCGAAUUUUGGGAUAGAUAUAAGAGUAAUGUACAUGACAAGGACUUACCAGAUUCUGAAAAGAUGGCAUAUCUUCUCGGCUGCCUGGAAGGGGAGGCUCUUCAGACAGUGGAGGGCCUCGGUAUAACAGCAAAGAAUUAUGACGUAACAUUAGGAAUUCUAAAAGAAAGAUUUGGGAACCAGCAAAAGGUAAUUGAUGCGCACUACGAUGCCAUCAACAACCUUCAAAGAGCAGCGUAUAAUGCCACAGACUGUAGAACGAAUUUCAACAUAGUAGAGAGGCAUUUGAGAAUUCUCCAAAGCUUAGGGGAAGUCAUAAAUGGUAACCAUUUAAGAUCGGCUAUAUUGUCCAAAUUCCCAGAGAAGGUGGUUUAUGAGUUGCACCUGUUAACAUUGACAGACAACAUAGAUAACAUACGAAGCGGUCUCCAAAAAAUAAUUACAGCAAUGGAGAUUGCGAAAGAAGUUCCAAGUAGUAGUGAAAAAAUCUCCACAGCUGCACUACAUAUUUCUGCCUACCAGCGGAAAGGGAGGCCGGAUAGCAGGAGGAUAUCACACAAAAAAGGAACCCUUAAAAGAAAACUACCUGACACGGAAAAGACGUCGAAAAAUAAGAAAGCUAAGAUGGCUUGCAUUUUUUGCCAAGGCGAGCACUACAAUGCAUCCUGCACAGUGGUUAAGGAUAUAAAUGAUAGGAAAAAGAAGCUCGGCAAAAGAUGUUACACUUGCUUCAAGGAAGGGCAUAGAGCAACAACAUGCCACAAUAGGAAGCCGUGCUACUUCUGCAAAGGAAGUCAUAAUCAAGCUUUAUGUCCACAAAAGCCAGACGGCAAUAGUGGAGGUGGGGCAGAAGAACUCAAAAAAGACUAAGACACGAAGACUGAUUCUUGACAAUGGCAGUGGUCGCAGCUAUAUUACCAGGAAGCUUGCACAAGAACUUGACUUAGCAGCA